CUGUGGCGAUGGAAGUGGUCGGUGUCAGAACGCUGUGGUUCUUCACCCUGUUUCAUGCCAUUCAAGGCCAAUUCAGUAAUGUUAAUGUGCGUCCGCGAUGGCCUCAUUUUCUUCAUAUACACCCGCACGUGCCUUUGCAGUUUAGACCCCACCCCCCCCACCCAGCCUUCCAUGAUGGCGAGCAGGACAUCAACACUCUGCCGAGAUUUGUGCUGGUGGCCCCGAACCUCCUGAGGACGGACAGCGAGGAGAACGUUUUCCUGGAGGCGCACGGCGUGUCCGAGUCACUGACGGUCACCAUAACCGUUCACGACUAUCCACUGAAGACCCGCCAGUUACUCCAGGACACCGUGCUUCUCGACAAGCAGAAUAACCACCAUGCCCUGAAGGCCAUCAAGGUAGACUCAGCGCUGCUGGACCAGGGGGAUCAAGCCAAGCAGUUUGUGUACCUGAAUGCUAAGUUCGGCAGCCAUGUCGUAGAGGCGGAGGUGCUGCUGUCCUUUCACUCCGGGUACAUCUUCAUCCAGACGGACAAGCCCCUCUACAACCCCGGAGACGCUGUGCGCUACAGAACGUUUGUGUCCAGCCCUGCCUUCAGUGCGUUCAGCAGAUCUCUGCACGUUGAGAUACAGAACCCGGACGGUGUGGUGAUCCGUGGCCUUCCUCUGACCAUGGCCAGUAACGGGAUCUUUGCAGAGGAGUACCGAUUAGCCGACAUCGCAAAUGAGGGAAUGUGGAAGAUCACUGCAAAGUUUGACAACAGGGCCCAGAAUCAAUUCAGCUCUGAGUUUGAAGUGCGAAAAUAUGUGCUCCCAGCUUUCAAUGUGACACUGACUCCCAGGAAGACCUACUUCAGUGUACACGACACCCAGCUGGUGGUCGACAUCUCGGCCAGGUAUCUCUACGGAAAGCCGGUGUCAGGGACUGCGUACGUUGCUUUCGGUGUGGAAGUGAACAAAGAGAAACGUCGAUUGCCUCAUACAAUGAAGCCCAUUACAGACUUGGAGCGGGGCUCUGCAGUACUGACGAUCGAUGACAUCAGGGAAGCCUUUCCGAACAUCCGGGACCUGAUUGGCAGCCUAAUUUAUGUUAAAGCUUCUGUACUGACGUCUACAGGCAGUGACCUCGUGGAGGCAGAACGAACUGGCAUCAAGAUCGUGGAGUCCCCUUACAAAAUCUACUUCAGCAACACCCCCCAGUACUUCAAACCUGGUUUGCCGUUUUACGUGACGGUUGUGGUGACCCACCAGGAUGGCACCCCUGCCCCGAACGUGCCCUUUGUGCUGAGCCUGACAGACGAGCCUGUUACCACCCACCCUGGGAGCCUGCGGAUGGCCCUGAACAUGCCCGCCGUCUUACGCCCCUACACCAUUACUGCGGAAACGCAGAAGGACGGCCUGCAGCCGGAGCACCAGGCCAGGCACCGUAUGGUGGUGAAACCCUACGCACCCUUCAACUACGCCUUCCAGAACUUUCUGCACAUCUCCGCCCCACCCACGGCGUCUGCAGGGCAGACGGUCACCUUUGUGCUGCGCUUCCAAAACCAGCAAGAGCACCACAAGGCCAUGAUCGCAGAUUUUACCUACCUGGUGCUGAAUAAAGGGAAGAUCGCCGUGGCGCAGCGCGUCGCGCGGCAGAGUGGCCAGGAGGUGAUUAGCGUUGCUGUCCUCGUCACGGAGAAGAUGAUGCCGUCCUUCCGCUUCCUGGUGUACUACACCCUGCCCUGGCAGGUCCAGACCGAGGUGGUGGCAGACUCAGUGUGGGUGGACGUGGAGGACACUUGCAUGGGCGCUCUCAGUGUGGGUGAGAAGGAAGGGAGCAAGAACCACUACACGCCAGGAAACUCUUUUGAGUUUCAGGUCAGAGGGGACCCUGGUGCCAGGGUCAGCAUGCUGGCGGUGGAUAACGCUGUGUUCCUCCUGAACCGAAGAAACAGACUCACUCAGAGCAGUAUCUGGGGCGUGGUGGAGAAGGGAGACAUGGGCUGCAGCCAGGGAGGGGGCAGGGACGGCAUGGGGGUGUUCGCCGACGCGGGGGUGCUGUUCCACUCCAGCGCCGGCAGGAGCACGCCCCCGAGACAGAGUGCGCAGUGCCCCAAACCAGCCAGGAGGAGGCGCUCUGCAGCACUCCUGCAGCACCGGACCACCCUGGAGAGCCAGUACAGCGACGCGCUCCAGCGGCGGUGCUGCCGGGACGGGAUGAGGCCCAUCCCCAUGGCCUACACCUGCACCCGCAGGUCCCACUACGUGACCGAGGGCCGGGCCUGUGCGCGGGCCUUCCUCCACUGCUGCUCCCGCUACCGGGGCGAGGCCUCCACCACCGGGGCCCCGCCAACCACGUCCGCCCCCUUCACCCCCGCCGGCCGCCCCGGGCCCACCGGGGACGUCAGAGCCCGGGGCCGCGCCCACAGCAUUCCUGUGCUGCAGCGUCGUCAAUUUGUAAUGGUCAGCUCUCCAAGCCUUCAAGCCGAGGCGAAAGUGGAGGUUGACGAAGAGGACGAUGUGGACGACGAAGAAGUGGAUGACGUGGUGGACGAGAGCGACGUCUACGUCCGCUCAAAGUUCUACGAAACCUGGCUGUGGAACGAGCUCAAGCUGCCCAACGCGACGGAACCGGUCCGGAUAGACGGGUCUCAGUUCAACCUGGCCCUGCUGUCUGUGACGUCUGUGCUUCCGGACUCCAUCACGGAGUGGGGGAUCCUGGCCGUCAGCUCCUCAGCCGAGACAGGUUUCUGUGUGGCGCAGCCGUUCAACAUCAAGUCCAAGAAGAUCUUCUUUGUGGACUUGCGUUUGCCGCACUCAGUGGCAAGGAACGAGCAAGUGGAGGUCAAAGCCGUGCUCCAUAAUUACAGCGAUAUGGACAUGGAGGUCAUCGUUAUCCUGUACCGGACGGAGGACAUCUGCAGUGUGGCGUUCACGGACGACCAUCGUCAGAAGGUCACGCUCCCCGCAGAGUCCUCCAGGGCCAUCCCGUACACCAUCGUGCCCCUGCGGGCAGGGGAGCUGGAGAUGCAGGUGAAGGUGCUGGCCCGUCAAUUCUUGGGGUCCGACGGGGUCCGGAAGAAGCUGCGUGUCGUGGUGGAGGGGGUUCAAAAGACUAAAGUCCAAAGUUUCAUUCUGAAUCCCUCCCUCAAAGGGGACAAGGACGGGAAACAGAUAGUGCGGGUGGAAAGCAUCAGGCUGGACUCGCUGGUUCCUAACUCCAGCCCACAGACCUACAUCAAUGUCAGAGGCAGCCUGAUCGCCGACACCAUCGACAACUCCAUCAGCGCCGACGCCCUGGGCGCGCUGAUCCGCAUGCCUGGGGGCUGCGUGGAGCAGAACCUGGCCACCAUCACCCUCCCCCUCAUCGCCACGCACCACCUGGACAAGACGCUGCAGUGGGAGAGCGUGGGCGUCCAGCGGCGAACGGAGGCCCUCACCUACAUUAAGAGAGGUUAUGAAAAGCAACUGGCGUACCGCAGGACAGACAACUCAUACCCCCCGUAUUCAAAAGAAGGAGCCAGCACAUGGGUCACGGCGUACACAGUGAAAGUCUUCUCCAUGGCGUACCCCAUCAUUCCCGUGAAGGAGGACCAUGUCUGCGGACCGCUCCUCUACUUGCUGAGGGAGAAACAGCUUGCCACUGGGGCCUUCAAAGAGGACACCCCGGUCUACGAUGCAUCCAUAACGGGCGGCGUUCGGGGGUACGAGUCCUCUGCCACGCUCACGGCCUUUGUGAUCAUCGCCAUGGCAGAAGCCAGGGUCGUGGGAUCCUGCCUCGAUCCCAGAUAUCCCCACAUCGUGCCCGAGGCACUGCUCCGAAAAGCCGCGAGCCACCUGAAGAGGCAGGCGCCCAGGCUGCGAAGGCCCUACGCGGUGGCCAUUACGGCCUACGCCCUGGCCCUGGUCAACCCCACGGACCACGGCCCCUUCCGGCUGCUGAUGAGGACUGCGUCUGCGGAUAAGAGCCACUGGCCGGACCGGGAGAACGAGCUGUUCGCGCUGGAGGCCACGGGCUACGCCCUGCUGGCGCUGCUGAAGAUGGGGCUUCUGGAGCCGGCCGCCGGGCCCUUCCACUGGCUCAACGACCACCGCAGGCUGGGGGGCGGCUUCGGAUCCACACAGUCCACCAUGGUGGUGCUGCAGGCUUUGGCCGAGUACCUGACCCACAAGCCCCCCCCUGAGGACCUGAACCUGCGCGUGGCCCUCAGCAUGCCGGGCCGCAGUGACACCGUCUGGAGCUUUCAGCCCAAGACCGCCUAUAUGGCCCGCUCUGCCAAGGCAACUAUUGACCAGACCUUUACACUGGAGGCGACUGGGAACGGCCAGGGCGUAUUGGAGGUCGUGACGUUCUACAACCAGCUGCCAGACGUCCACGAGAACGAGACCUGCCGCGGCUUCCUGCUGGACGUCACCGUCGAGGAGUCGCAAGACACUGAAGCGAAGACCUCGGAGGAUGAGGAAAGAUCAUACAGACUCAACAUCGACGUGAGGUCCCUGCAACAGUCUGACGUCAGAAUGGUGGUCCUGGACAUCACCAUCCCCACAGGCUUUGUCCCUGACAAUAAAGACCUUGAAAUGCUGAGCAACUCCGUGGACCGCUACAUCAGCAACUUCGAGAUUGUGGACGGGCUGAGUGACAGAGGAUCGUUGAUCAUUCACCUGUUCAAGGUGUCCAGCAAAGAGACGGAGACCGUCUCCUUCCGGCUGCAGCAGAAGUUCAGAGUGAGGCUCAUUCAGCCAUCUUCCGUCACUGUGUACGAGUACUACAACCCAGACCGCCGCUGCACCAAGUUCUACAACCCGCUCAGAGAGGGGGCGGAGCUACAGAAGAUCUGCAGCAAUGACACCUGUCAUUGUGCUGAGGGGAACUGUGCGGUCUCUAAGUCAUGGAGCAAGACCGAGGACGACUUCGCCCGCGAGGACGUGGCCUGCUCCGGGAUCUAUCACGUGUACAAAGUGAAAGUCUCGAAUGUCAGCAGGAGCCAGUACGACAGAUAUGAAAUGGAAAUCUUGUUGGUCAUAAAGGAAGGAAAGGAGGAAGGUGUCCAAGCGUCGGACCGAAGACUCUUUAUCUCACACUCGGGGUGCCGCGGGCGUCUGGACCUCCAGGAGGGGAAGGAGUACCUCAUCAUGGGGCCUCCUGAAGACAUCUGGCAUCAGGACAGCGCCACUCGCAGGUACACCUACACCCUGGGGAAGAGGAGCUGGGUGGAGCGGUGGCCCUCAGAGGCUGAAUGCGGGGGCGACGUGGGACUCGCCAAGAGGUGCGCCCAGCUGGCUGCGGUUAUCUCUGUCCUGAUGGAGAAGGGCUGCCUGUCCUGAGUGACUGAAACUAGGCGGCUUUGCCAAAAUUAUAGAGCCCCGUCCCUGGAUUCAUGGGAUCCCGGCAUACCUCAGACCAUUGUACCAUUCCGCAGUGUAAAUACACACAUUGCCAUGCAUUGAAAACUAUACCAUAGUAUACUGAAUAGUGAAUGUGAUUGUGUGGCUCUCCAAAUAUGUUUUCCAUUACAUGCCAAUAUUACUACAUGCCAUGUUUGAUUAAGAAGACAUUCUCUGUCAGUUACAUUGAUAUGCAUCCCACUGAGAGAAAUGUGGCUACAAUUGUAUUUAUGCAUUUCCUAAUGUGACAAUAAAACAUAGUUCAAUGCAA